UGAGGCAUUAUAACUGUGGAAGAGAGAGAGAGAGAGAGAGAGAGAGAGAGAAUAAGGAGGAAACAACUAAACAAAAGCAAAGGAGGGGCAACAGAGGCAAGCCCUUUUACACGUGAUAAAGAAAACACCAAAAGCUCUCUUGCAUGCGUUUAUAAGCAAAAACUAAACGUCAAGAACUGGUCUACCACCUUUGAUAAAGUGUGCUUCUUCUUCUGCUUCUGUGUAUCCAUUGGCCAGCACUGAGCAGAAAAGGCCAACAUGCCAGUGAGACAGAUGAGAGAGAGCUCAGAACAGCACCUUGUGAUCAAACCCCAUUUGCAGAAUCCCAUGAAUGCAGCUAAGAAGGUUCCUAGAGCUGUGCAAAAUGGCAAAGGUCCACCACCACCACCACAAGAACCACACAACCAAGCUUCACCUCAGGCAAGGAACAAGGGGAGACGAAGGGGGAGAGGUGGCAGAAAGUGUGAUCAAGGUGAUGUUUUGAUGAGACCCAGUUGCAGACCCUGCACUGUUUUGACAAGUACUGUUGAAGAUGAUAGCAACAUGUGUGAUGACAUAGAGAUGGGUUACCCUACUUCAAGCAAGUCUUUGAGCUUUGCUCCUAGGCCUGGAUAUGGACAAGUUGGGACAAAAUGUAUUGUGAAGGCUAACCACUUCUUUGCAGAGCUACCAGACAAGGACUUGAACCAGUAUGAUGUCAGUAUUACCCCUGAAGUGUCUUCCAAGGCAGUAAACAGGUCCAUCAUAGCAGAGCUUGUGAGGCGGUAUAAAGAGUCUGACCUUGGGAUGAGACUUCCUGCAUAUGAUGGCAGAAAAAGUCUGUACACAGCAGGGGCACUUCCCUUUUCCUGGAGAGAGUUUAAGAUAAAGAUUGUAGAUGAUGAGGAUGGAGUUAAUGGCCCCAAAAGGGAAAGAGAAUAUAGAGUGGUGAUAAAGUUUGUUGCUAGGGCAAACUUGCAUCACUUGGGCCAGUUUCUAGCCGGUAAGCGUGCUGAUGGUCCACAGGAGGCACUCCAAAUACUUGACAUUGUACUGAGAGAGCUAUCUUCUAAGAGGUUUUGUCCAAUUGGGAGGUCCUUCUUUUCACCUGAUCUUAGAGCACCACAACGGCUUGGAGACGGUUUGGAGUCGUGGUGUGGAUUUUACCAAAGCAUAAGGCCUACUCAGAUGGGCCUUUCACUCAAUAUUGAUAUGGCCUCUGCUGCAUUUAUUGAACCUCUUCCAGUAGUGGAAUAUGUUGGCCAGCUAUUAGGGAAUGAUAUCCUGUCAAGGCAAUUCUCUGAUGCUGAUCGUGUUAAGAUUAAGAAAGCCCUUAGAGGAGUAAAAGUUGAAGUAACCCAUAGAGGGAGUGUUAGAAGAAAGUAUCGUGUUUCAGGGUUGACUUCUCAACCAACCAGAGAACUUGUGUUUCCCGUUGAUGAGAACUCAACUAUGAAGUCAGUAGUUGAAUACUUCCAAGAGAUGUAUGGUUUCACAAUUAAAUAUACUCAUCUUCCUUGCCUUCAAGUAGGAAACCAAAAGAAAGCAAACUACUUACCUAUGGAGGCCUGCAAAAUUGUUGAGGGACAACGUUAUACAAAAAGGUUGAAUGAGAAGCAAAUUACUGCUCUCCUUAAAGUUACUUGUCAAAGACCUCGUGAUCGAGAAAAUGACAUUUUGCGGACCAUUCAGCAUAAUGCCUAUGAUCAGGACCCUUAUGCAAAGGAAUUUGGGAUUAAGAUCAGUGAAAAGCUAGCUUCAGUAGAAGCACGAAUUCUUCCUGCCCCAUGGCUUAAAUAUCAUGAAAGUGGGAAAGUAAAAAAUUGUUUACCCCAAGUUGGACAGUGGAAUAUGGUGAACAAGAAAAUGAUUAAUGGAAUGACUGUUAGCCGGUGGGCAUGCAUAAAUUUUUCACGAAAUGUACAAGAUAGUGUUGCUCGGACUUUUUGUAAUGAGCUUGCUCAAAUGUGUCAAGUAUCUGGCAUGGAAUUUAAUCCAGAGCCUGUUAUCCCCAUCUACAAUGCCAAACCUGAGCAGGUGGAGAAAGCUUUAAAGCAUGUUUACCAUGUGUCAACAAACAAAACCAAAGGAAAGGAAUUGGAGCUUUUGUUAGCAAUAUUGCCAGAUAACAAUGGCUCCCUUUAUGGUGAUCUAAAGCGAAUUUGUGAAACUGACCUUGGUUUAAUUUCUCAAUGUUGUUUGACAAAGCAUGUCUUUAAGAUCACUAAGCAGUACUUGGCUAACGUGUCUUUGAAAAUCAAUGUCAAGAUGGGAGGUAGAAACACUGUUCUUGUUGAUGCUGUAAGCUGCAGAAUACCAUUGGUUAGUGACAUACCAACUAUAAUAUUUGGAGCAGAUGUUACGCAUCCUGAAAACGGAGAAGACUCUAGCCCCUCAAUAGCAGCUGUAGUAGCAUCCCAAGAUUGGCCCGAAGUGACGAAAUAUGCAGGUUUGGUGUGUGCUCAAGCUCAUAGACAGGAACUCAUACAAGAUUUGUACAAAACGUGGCAUGACCCUGUUCGUGGCUUAGUUAGUGGUGGCAUGAUACGAGAUUUGCUGAUUUCCUUUAGAAAGGCAACGGGACAGAAGCCUCUAAGGAUUAUAUUUUAUAGGGAUGGUGUAAGUGAAGGGCAGUUUUACCAAGUUCUACUUUAUGAGUUGGAUGCAAUUCGUAAGGCUUGUGCUUCUUUAGAACCAAACUACCAACCUACAGUAACUUUCAUAGUUGUACAAAAAAGACAUCAUACUCGGUUGUUUGCAAAUAACCACAGGGACAGGAACAGUACAGAUAAGAGUGGAAAUAUAUUGCCUGGGACUGUUGUUGAUUCCAAAAUUUGUCAUCCAACAGAAUUUGAUUUUUAUCUAUGCAGUCAUGCUGGCAUUCAGGGCACAAGUCGUCCAGCCCAUUAUCAUGUUCUAUGGGAUGAAAACAACUUCACAGCAGAUGGGAUUCAGUCUUUGACAAACAAUCUCUGUUAUACAUAUGCCAGGUGUACACGCUCCGUAUCUGUUGUUCCUCCAGCAUAUUAUGCACAUUUAGCAGCUUUUCGAGCCCGUUUCUACAUGGAACCAGACCUGCAGGAGAAUGGCUCCUCAGGUGGUGGCAGUCAUGGUUCUAAGGCAACACGCGUAGGUGGGGACUGCGGCGUCAAGCCAUUGCCAGCCUUGAAAGAAAAUGUGAAGAGAGUAAUGUUUUAUUGUUAG